AUGAGCGAUAGAGACGCUUACUUAUACCAAAAGUCGAUUCCGGCGCCCAAGUUAGCGCAAGCAGAGUUCCCUGAGGUGGGAGCGAAAGAAAACACAGAAAAUGGAAAGCUAUUUGCGUCCACACCCCCAAAGCUGACCAUCCAGCAGUUCAUGGGCGGCGACAUGAGCAUGUUGCCCACGCCGCUAGUUUACACGCCAUCGUCGCCCAAUAUGGCCACAAGAUCGCCAGUGGAAUCGAGCUUUCCAGGAGCGCCUACCAGCGCUCGCUCAAAGAAAGACUACGGCAUGUUGAACUCCCCUACAGCCGAGAUGUUCAAUCGCUCCCACAUUUUGGAAGACAAACAGCGUAUUCUGUCCGAAUACGCUCCUCACAGUGCCUUAGCACCAGCUACUGCUAGCAGUCUUUCGCAAAGAAUAGCGUCUCUGCCCGGCGAAGAUCGCAAGUUGGACACUCUCGAGGAGGUCUUAGAGUCAACAGCAAACGAAACGUACACUCCAGAGUCCUUGAGCCCGGGCACCGAUGGAGUUCUGACCGCAUAUGCGAUUAAAGAUUCUUCAAAGGCUUUGAAACUACGCAAGAUGGAACAGAUCGGAGUAGGAAACUUUAGCGAUGUUUACUUGUACGAGCCUGUUGAUUUGAAUGAGACCAGCGUGUCGAAAGUUGCCGUCAAGUGUGUCAAGUACCCCGAGGCUUUAACCUUGUCAUCCUCGCCAAAAUCGCCUCGCUACCGUGAAGUACUGUCACGAGUCGAACGUUCACUUACGCGUGAGAUUGAAGCCCUAGUCGGUAUUUCACAUCCAUGUAUCAUUGAAUUACUAGCAAUAAACGAUCUUACUUUCGUCAAUAGUAAGAGACCAUUGAGCUCAAGAGAUCUUACGCAUGGUCUACCGCCUUGUGAAAUGGUCAUGUCAUAUUGUGCCGGUGGGGAUCUUUUCGAAUUAGCCAGUCAGAAUGUGUUGCCAAAAUGGCUGCUACGAAGAAUCUUUACAGAGCUGGUCCUAGCGAUCAAGUAUCUCCAUGAAAAUUUGAUCGUUCACCGAGACCUCAAACUCGAAAAUGUUCUAAUAAAGUAUCCCCUCGAAACACUCUUGGAGAUGCACGAGAGCGAAAAAAGCCUGGCGUCACAUCAUAUCGUUGAACUGGCCGAUUUUGGUCUCUGCAGGCGUAUUGAACCCGAAGAAAUGUGCACUACCAGGUGCGGAUCGGAGGACUACGUUUCACCGGAAAUUCUUAUGGGCGUACCUUAUGAUGGCCGUCUCAGUGACACUUGGGCGCUAGGCGUGAUCUUAUAUGCACUACUGGAGGAAAGACUGCCGUUUGAUCCUUUGCCAACUGCUGUUCCUGGUAAGAGGCAAAGGAGAAGCUCUGUCGCUCAUAGAAUAUCCAGAUUUGAGUGGCGCUGGCUAAAAUUGGCAGACUCGGACUCGCCAGCCAAACAGAUUGUGGCCAGCUGUUUAAAUCGCAAAAAUCAGCGUUUCGAUAUUCAGAAAAUUUACGAAAAUCCGUACGUGCAUGAAAUUGUUCCUACGCUUAAGUUCAUUCAAUAA